AAUUAACUAGUGCGUGGUCUGGUCUCCAUCUCGAUCAGAGAGCUCCGUCCGUCACUUUCCCCUCGUUCCAUUCAUGGAGAAUAUGCUCCACCUAGCCCCGUCGUCCCAGGCCCAGGCAUUGGCCUUGGACCGCUCCUCCGUCUUCUCGCGUGAGCACGUGCCGCCGGCCGUCUCCGCUGUCACCUCCCUGCCAGUUAUCGACAUGUCUCGCAGCCGCGACGAGGUCCGCCGCGCUAUCCUCGACGCCGGCAUGGAGUUCGGCUUCUUCCUGGUGGUGGAGCACGGCAUCCCAGAGGAGGUGAUGCGCGACAUGCUGGAGGUGUGCGAGGAGUUCUUCCAGCUGCCGGCGGCGAGCAAGGCGUACAUGUACUCGGAGGACAGUCAGAGACCCAACCGGAUCUUCUCCGGCACAACCUACGACACGGGCGGCGACAAGUACUGGCGGGACUGCCUCCGCCUCGCCUGCCCCUCGUCCUUCCCGGUCGGCAGCGGCACAAGGGACGACUGGCCGCACACGCCCCAGCGGCUGAGGGGUGUCGUGGAGCGUUUCACCGCUCUGACGAGAGGGCUGGGGGUGGAGCUGCUGCGGCUGCUGUCCGAGGCCAUGGGGAUCCGGCCCGACUACUUCGAGGGCGACAUCAGCGCCGGCGACGUGGUCCUCAACGUCAACCACUACCCUCCGUGCCCCAGCCCGGAGAAGACGCUCGGCCUGCCGCCACAUUGCGACCGCAACCUCAUCACCCUCCUCCUCCAAGGCUCCGUCUAUGGCCUCGACGUCGCCUACAGGGGAGAGUGGAUAAAGGUCGAGCCCAUGCCCGGUGCCUUGGUCGUCAACUUCGGCCAGCAACUCGAGGUGGUGACCAACGGAUUGCUGAAGAGCGUUGAGCACCGCGUGGUGACCAGCUCGACGCUGGCGCGGACGGCGGUGGCCACAUUCAUCAUGCCCACCCCAGACUGCCUCAUCGGCCCGUCAAAGGAGUUCCUCGCCGGGGACAAGCCACCGUGCUACCGCACCAUCAGGUUCGGUGACUUCAUGCGCAUGUACAACACUGUCAAGCUGGGGUCAUCCAUCAACCAGACUACAGAUCUUAAGAAUAUCCAGAAGAAGAUAUGAGCAUAUUUAUUUACCAGAGAGAUCGUCCGGCCAGCAGGGGUCCUCCAAGAUUUUAUUCCUUUAAUAAAACGUACGACGAGCAUAUUUAUGUCAAGCAAUAAAACGUACGACGGACAACUUUUAAAAAUAUUAUUAUUAAUCGGAGGCAGCAUGGACGCCAUUCCUUUAUGAGAUAUGCUAAAAAAACAAAUGUGCUGAAAUAUCUCAAAGAUGAGAGACAUGCAUGUGGCGAUAUAUGCUGUGGUAUAAUCUAAUCAUUAUUGUCGUU